GAAAAAGAUCGGAAACAAAAACUAAGUCGCUAUGGCGAAACGUGUAACGGGUUCGCUUAAUCUAGUUGGCAUUGCCGGCGGACUUUUGUUCAUUCGCCUUAUCAUCGUUUCGCUGGUCAGAAGCAAGAAGCUUUUGGUGCUACAAAGCAAUGCUCCCUCAAAUAUUAUACGUUUUGCAGGAAGCUGGCGCAACUGUUUCCGUGGAAGAGAUAAUUACCAAGGUGCAGGAACUGGGCGAAGGAAAAUUGGCAGCACAAGACGAUUACACCCAAUCAUUGGCCGUCAUGAAAGCACUGGAUCAGGGCGUUCAAUUCGGUUUCAUUACGAGCGACCGAAGGCGUCAAACAUUUAAGCUUAACGUCAAUUAUUUGCGAUUCGAAAAUUAUCACUUCAACAAUAAGUUACGGACGCUGAGUGAAGAGUUCUCACUGCACGGGAUAACGCAGGUCUUUGAGAGUAUGGAGCGCUACCUUCAAUCGGACAUAAGCGAUGAUAGCACGGAAUAUGACGAUAGUGUUGCUUACGAUUCGGACGACGAGCGCACACCCACGCCUAAAAAGAAAGCGACAAUUAGCAAGGAGAGCAAAUUUUCGAAAUUACGCAAGAAAAGAAUAUUUGCGGCCGGUGCUACACCGAAAAAGCUUCCAAGGAAGGAUUCGUAAAUAAACAGUCUUGAAGUAAAGUAAA